CCGAUAUAUUUAAACAUAAUUAAUUAAACAAUCAUAAUUAAGAGAACAAAAUAUAAACUUGAUUACGCACUUUUUGUAUUGUCAAAAAUGACGUUAAUCGCUAUUAUCGCGGUUUAAUUAUUAUCUAGCACGUCUUUGAUAUAAAAGUACUGGAACGCGUUAUUUUGAUAUUCAGAAAACUUUCAGCAACGGCAGUGGUAAAAGUUUGUGUUCUCUGAUCAGAAAAGUGAAAAAAUACUUCAAUUCGAUUAAUGUAGCAUCAUCGAAUAUGAAAAGUUUUAUUAUAAUUUUGUUAUUUCAAUUUCUCAUCCUAAUUGUAGUUAGUCAACCAGUGAACAAAUUAACUGAUGUUGAUACAAAUUAUGGAGUACACAGAUACCCAAGGACCUUAAUCUAUUUUCCACCUUGCAAGAUGAACCAAUACUUUGACAAAGAAAAAGGUUUUUGUUUGAAUGUACUCGGUGGUGGUAAAGCGCUUUACAUAAAUAAUACAUCUUGUGGAACAAACGUGUUAAAGCCACAUUGUUAUAAUCCAAGAUAUUACUAUAUCUGUAAGAAAAAUAAAACUAUUCUGGCACAAUGUUCUCAAAAUAAACAUUUCGAAGUUCAUUUACAAAAAUGUACUUUGAUAUAUCAUGGAAAAAACACUCCUAAUAAAACCAAUUCUAAUAGUUGUCAAAAAGUAGGUAUAUUUCCAAUUGCUAAUGAUUGUCAUCAAUUCUAUACUUGUACAGCUUAUGGUCAUCGAAUGAAACAAAACUUCUACAUAUGUCCAAAAAAUAUGGCCUUCGAUAUGGAAACAGAAAUGUGUAAACCUUCGAGUACUUGCAAAGAAUCAAGAUUAUCUUCCACGUGUUUAUUUAGCAGUGAAAAAGAAGAUAUGACUCUAGAGGAAGCAAAUAUGUUCUUAAAACCGAUGGACAAAUCGUUAACGUGUGAAACGAUAUUUACGAGUGAUGAGGAAACUAUGACUACUGAAAGGAAUUAUAACAAUAAUGAAAUUAAAUCGACAACUUCUUAUAACAAGCCGACUGUAUCUGAAUUUACGGAACCCAGCGAUAGGAAUAUUACAACCACGAUCGAACGUGCUUCGGAAACAUCACAGUCUAUAAACACUGUCGCUUCCGAGAUAUAUACAACUGCAAUGUAUUCGCCGACUAAGGAAGAAAUCACGUACACGAUAGAGCAAACUUUGUCUACAGAGAAAAAUGGAGAUAUAGAAUCGUUAAUUUCAAAAGAAUCUUCCGAGCAAGAACAUAAUGGUAAAAUAAUUAAUAAUAAUAUACAAUCAACUGAUGCAAUGCAAACUUUUUCCACUGAACUAACAAUUUUAGAUGAUACAAUUUCCCGAAGAACGGGAUCAGAGACACAAUCAAACAUAGAAAUACUAAAUAGUACACCAGCAAUAGAAGACUUGGAUGGACCAUUAGCUAAUGAAGAAGAGAUUACCGAUUUGCCAUCAGCAAUAAUUAAUGACAAUCCCGACACAGAAAAAUCAGAAAUAAAUUUAAAUGAUCCAUCUCUAGAAAUUCUUAAUACUACACAAUCAAAUAUAGAAAUACCAAAUAGUACACCAGCAAUAGAAGACUUGAAUGAACCAUUAACUAAUGAAGAAGAAAUUACUGAUUUGCCAUCAGCAAUAAUUAAUGAUAAUCCUGACACAGAAAAACCAGAAAUAAAUUUCAAUGAUUCAUCUUUAGAAAUUCUUAAUACUACACAACCAAAUAUAGAAAUACCAAAUAGUACGCCAGCAACAGAAGACUUGAAUAAACCAUUAACUAAUGAAGAAGAAAUUACUGAUUUGCCAUUAGCAAUCAUUAAUGACAAUCCUGACACAGAAAAACCAGAAAUAAAUUUCAAUGAUCCAUCUCUAGAAAUUCUUAAUACUACACAACCAAAUAUAGAAAUACCAAAUAGUACACCAGCAACAGAAGACUUGAAUGAACCAUUAACUACUGAAGAAGAGAUUAUCGAUUUAUCACCACCAGCAAUUGAUGUAACAACUAAUCGCAAUCCUGAUGUAAAAGGAUAUACAGAAUUAGGUGUAAAUUCUAAUGAUCCAUCUUCAGAAAUUCUUAAUAUUGGAGAACCGAAUAUAGAAAUGCCACAUAGUACACCAGCAACAGUAGAAUUCAAUGAAUUUGCUGAAGAAAAGAGUUCUAAUUUUAUAUCAGCAGUUAAUAAUAAUGAUUCUGAAAUGAAAAAACAGAAGGAAACAGAUAGAAAUUUAAACGAUCAGUUAUCAGAAAUAUUUAUUACUGAUAUACCUAAUAUAGAAAUGGAACACAAUAUAGUGACAACAAUAAAAGUUAUUGAACAGUCAACUUUCGAAUCCGAAAGUUCUGAUAUUGUUUCAGAAAUUCCUCCCGAUACUUUAACUAGUAUCAAAGAAAACGAUAUACAUACAAUCGUAAAUUUAAGUGAUUCAUCAAUGGAAAUUACUACUCCUAGUUUAGAUAAAUAUGCUGUUACGAAUGGAAAAGAAACAUUUAUGGAAAAGAAAAUAUCAAAUAAUGAUGGAACUGAAAAUAACGUAUUUGUUGAAAGUGUUACAAAUGUAGUGAAAUCAUCAGAAAAUUACAAUUUUCAAAAUUAUGUAUCUUCAAUUUCUAUUAACCCAGCAAGUUAUUCUGGUAUGAUAUCUGAGAACAAAUUUGAAGAACCUUCUUCAAUAUCAAUUACAGAUAGAACUGUUUUUAAUAAAAAUGAAGAAAAUAAUACACCAUCGACAUAUAAAGAGUCUAAUAUAAUGAAAACAAAUUCUCCCAUAGAAAUAAAUAUAAAAUAUACAACUUCUGUUAAUAAAAAUUUAAAUAAUAUUGGAAAUGAAAAAUCGAUUUUUUCUUCCGAUACAAAUAAAAAUGAAAAUGAUAAAUCGAUUUCACAAGCGAAUAAAUUAACAACUAGUUUUCAAGAUUUGAUUGCUAAAUGUAGAAAUCAUAUGUCAGCAGAAACUAUCAUACAAUCAACCAAAUCAAAUCCCACUAAUGAAAAAUAUUCAGAUUCAUUUCAUAUGCAAUCACAUUCUCUGGUUUCAGAUAAGAAAAACGCAGACAAGCAAAACAAAAUUUUUGUAGAAGACUCUUUAUCGAAAUAUAUAUACUCUGGAAAGACGAUAUCAAAAAAUUUCAUAUUACCCAUUACGUCAGCAGUGUUAAAUUUCAUUGAUAAAUUUGAAUGCUAUUUGAAAAAUACGUUUGUAAAGAUAUUUCACUGAAAAAAAUAUAUAAAUUACAAAUAUUAGUGAAAAUGCAAA